GUAAGCUACAGACUGAUGAAAGGAGAGCCAGCCAGCCUCAUCGGCCAGAGCAAUCAAAUUCCAACCACGCGAAUAGAAUCCUGCGCCAUUAUAAGUCGGCGAAGCACCAUCGGCAAUCUCAACAACGGCAGGGGCGCAAACCUUUUGGCGCUCUGUGAAUUGCCGCCACCCAAAGAUGCAGCGAUCUCCCAUACGGCAUCUGCUACCCGAAGCUUCAUGAAAACUGUACUGCGCCGGUCUCGCCGUGCGAGGAGCGCCUGAAAUCAGUUCGCCAUGGCAAUGCCGAAUGGCCGUGAUGUGGGGAGGGCCGAGAAGUUUGAGGAGGAAAAGAGACGCAUCAUCGACAGCUGCUUCGGCAAGAAAGACGAUGAUGGCUCGAUUCCCGAGACGUACAUCACCCACAUUAGGGUUACCGAAUAUUCUUCAAGUCCAUCCACGCCACCUCCUCCUCAAGGGCGAACCCCCCAAUCAGAGAAACCCCGAGUCGUAAUAGUCGCUGUCCGAAAGUCUGGCCGUGUCCGUAUACACAAGUCAAAAGAGAACCCAAACGGUACCUUCUCAAUUGGGAAGACAUGGAACCUGGAUGAGCUCAGUGCAAUCGAAUCAUUCACGAGCCUCGAGGCUAACCCAAACUAUCGGGACUGGGCCGGAGAUGUGGGCCUCGUCAUCACGCUUGGGAAGCCAUACUACUGGCAGGCCCAAACCGACAAAGAGAAGAAGUUCUUCAUUGCCAGUUUGAUCAAGAUCUAUGGCAAAUACACGGGGGGGAAGACCCCUGAAUUGUCAGGCUUUGACCAGCGCGAGCUUGACCAGGUCCUUGGUGGCGCGCAAGCUCCUCGAAGAUCGGACAGGCCACCGGUAGCACGACCACCACCUCCUGAAUUUGCCACGAGGGGUAACUCUUCCAUCUCCUCCGCGUACAGUGGUGGUGCGCAAUCCUCGCCAAAGUAUCCUCCACAGGGGAUCGCAUCGCGCAGUCCUAUGGCUCCUAACGGCAGUUCUUCGCCGGCCAGGAGUAUAGAAUCUAGCCGGGUAUCACAAGACCAACCACCACUCCGACGCCUCGCAUCGAGCAAUAGGAGCCAGGAUUCCGUGGCGAAUUCAUUUGCCACGCGCAGCGAGGAUGGGUCGGUGCUACGUCCAAGAUCUCGAAAUGGAGUCAAUGGAGGAACAUACCCCACGCCGGAACCUCCUUCCACUGAGGAGAGGCCGCCUGAGAGGAAGCGGCCACCUAUGGAUCCCCUGAGGCCCCUGCCAGUAGACAACAAUUUGGUUCCGGCGCCGUUGAUGAGUCCGGGCAUGAGAAGGGAGCCAACAGUCCCCCCUCGGAAUAUGGAUCGGAUGUCCCCACGCAAAAACUCAAUAAAUAGGCGCCCCGAGAUCAGCACUGCUGCCAGCGACCCAACAAUCGCCACCGCAAGUGACAUUAGCACCACAGAUGGCCCUGGGGUGAGGCCAGGUCCUUCAGGCGGAACCCCAGUUUCGAAUCUCUCGACUACAUUAUCUGCCCCUCCUGCACCUCCCACCGAACCCACAAGUGCGACUGAAUCGCCAGUUGAUCCUGGAGAUUCGCGCCCUGGCCUAGGUCCAAUGAUCAAGAGUAAAAAGUCGAAGGGAGAAAUUGCAGGCGCCUUCUGGAAAGCUGCGGCGGCAGCAACAGCUUUCAAACCACGGCCCGGUGGCGCAGGAGAACGUCUCCGUCAAGCCAAGAUUAUCAACACCGAGGGGCCCGAUGGCAUCACUGGUGUCGUACCCGCCCCGCCCCGUCCUGUUUCCGCGCCGAAAGCUCCUGAACCAGCUGCAAGCCCAGAACGGGUAAAGGUGGCUAACAGCACGUCUGGAAUCCCAGAGGUCAAAGUCACAGUUCCAAACCAAAGCCGGGCGUCUAGCCUCCAGCCGUCUCUGAAGGAAGUCAAAAAUACGGACGAGGCCGACAUGAAAGAUGACAAGGAGGAGAGGAGGCGCUCAAUCGUUCAUGGCAACGAUGUCAAGUACCUGACGACCCUAGGUGUUGACCCCGCUAUACUGGACAGUAGGAGCACUGAAUUUGCGAAAUGGCUAGACUACUUCGGCUGGGUCCCGGGCGAACAAAUGCGGACUCGGACUUACGAGGACAUGAAGGUUGACGUCGAACGAGAACUAAACAAGGCCCAGGGUGGCGGGUGGCUCGCCCGGUUCCGAGAAGAAGAUGAAAGGGUGGAGGGGAUCAAGAAGGGAAUUGACCUUGCCAUCAACGAAUGUGAAGAGCUGGACAAUCUCCUCACGUUGUACAGUGUCGAAUUAUCCACUCUCUCCGAAGAUAUCGCGUACAUAGAAGCGCAAGGCCAAGGUCUUCAGGUCCAGGCUGCCAACCAGAAACUCUUGCGGACGGAGCUAGAGUCCCUCCUCGAAACCUGCGCCAUUAGCGCGUCGGAUCUGGACGCCUUGAAGGCCGCUCCUCUAGAGACUCCCAGCGGAAUUGAGGAGAUUGAGACCGCUCUAGUAACCCUCUAUAAGGCCAUGACCAAGAUUGACCCGGGGACGGGAAGUGGCGAAGCUAGAAAGAGCGAGGACGAGAUCGCAGGGCAGGCCAUUGGGUUCAACAGCGACUAUGGGUCCAUGCGGAUCGUGCAAGAAAAGAAGGAGAUGUACCAGUCGGAAAGCUCACUCUUCCUGCGGAGACUCGUCGAGUUCAUGGCAAGGCAGUUCGACGAAGCCUACCGGGCGACGAAACGAGCAAUGGAUGGCGCUCUAUCCAAGAAAGUCGACCCGAGAAACCACGACUCCGGGAGGGACUUGCUUUGGAAGUACAGCCCCUUUGUCCUCUACGCCCGGGAAAUGGACCUCGGCAACUGGAAUCGCAUCAUCCAGAUCUACCAGGACAUGAGCACGCCCGUCUACAAGAUCGAGUUCAGGGACGCGCUGGAGGCAUGGAAACGCAAUGCGAGGAAGCCGACAGGCGAGGAACAUGAGAUUCUGUUCACAUACCAGCAGGAGAAGAAGGAGGAAGGCAUCGCAACGACGGCACGGAAACUCACGGUGAAGCGGAGCCAGACGCUGGCACGAUCUCUGCGAUCGCCCCUCGAGGGAAGCCGGACGAAUCUGGAGAAGCCAGCCGACAGCCGGGCUCUUGCGUACGAGGUCUUCGGCGGCGUUCUGGACGAUAUCUUACCUCUGGUGGAGAUGGAGCAGAACUUCGUCAUCGAUUUCUUCCAUGCCACGACACUUGACCAAGCAGACUUCCCCGAUGCAGUUGCCGCUGCAAGGCCUCGAGACCGCCGAGGUGGCGACUUGAGACGGCAUAGGAUGAUGGAGCCGGACCGGGAUCUAGCGCGGAGGGUGACCAGAGCAAUGGAGGCGAUAUUCUCCUUCUUGGAGAAAGACUUGCAAAACCUGGUCGACUGGGUCGUGUCCAACGGUCCAUUGCAAGGUAUCGGUGUCCUAGCGACCCUCGAGAGCAAGAUGGCAGAAAUGGGCCAGUCCAACCAAGACUUCCUCAACAACAUGUUGCAGAGACUUCAUGCGAACCUGGAGGGGCGCUUCAAGAAGUUCGUUGACGAGCAGGUCCGCGCUAUCGAGGAGACCAAGGUGAAGAUUAAGAAACGGAAAGGGGUCAUCUCGUUCAUGCGCAUAUUCCCCCAGUUUUCGACGGCAGUCGAGAACAUGCUCGCCGGGGCCGACCCGAGCCUCAACGUGCGCCGCACCGUCGACAACGAGUAUGACCGCAUACUGAAGACCAUGUUCGACUCGCUCAAGGUCAUCGCGAGGGAGAAUCCGGCCGUCGGGGUCGGGGGUGCGGCCAACACCAACUCGGCCGACCCGGAGGACAAGGAGGCGCUCAAUUACCACAUUCUCCUGAUCGAGAACAUGAACCACUACCUUGAGGAGAUCGACAACUCGCACAGCCUGGAGAUCCUCGACGACUGGAAAGAGGCGGCCCAGCAGGAAUUCGCCGAGCACAUGAGCCUGUACCUCACCACCAUCAUGCGCCGCCCGCUCGGCAAGCUCCUCGAGCACCUGGAGAACAUCGAGGCGCAGCUCGCCGGCGGCAAGGGCCCGUCGGCGGUGGCGGCGCAGCCGAGCAACUCAAAGGCCAUCUUCAACAAGGUGCUCGGCGCGUACGACGCGCGCGAGGUGCGCAAGGGCAUCGAGGCGCUGCGCAAGCGGGUGGAGAAGCACUUUGGCGACGUCGACGCCGACCACCCGACCGCCUCCGGCGGCGCCGGGCACCCGCUGGUCGCCCGCGUGCUGAGGGAGUGCGAGCGCUUCUACGGCGACGUGGAGCUGCGCAUCGGGCGCAUCACCACCGACGUCUACGGCGGGGACGUGCUCUUCGAGUGGCCCAGGGCCGAGGUCAAGAGCGCGUUUUCCACCGUCGGGAGAUGAGGAUGAGAUGAUUUUGGACUAGGGGAAGCUUGGCACGACAGCAUCCUUGCCGAGGGGUGAAAUACUGAGCACGAUGACAGGCGUUCCGGUGGGUCAUUAAUGGGGUCGAUUAUACAGGACCCACGAGUAUAGUUUCUACGAGCAUGGCCUGAUGAGUGGUUCUCGUCGGGGCGGUCCGCUGUGUGUAUGGUAGUUAGGUAGAUAAUAUUCGAUGGUCAUGCUCUUGCGGAGUGGGUGUCUGGCACCCCCAUACGACGUUUGUUUUUGUUUACUUCCCUAGUGUGAUUUGCCUAGAUUGCUUAAGCCAUUUCUCCG